CCCGGUUGCUCAAAGCAUCGUUAAGUCUUUACGGACCGUUAAAUGAUAACGGGCCUGUUAAAAUCAGCGUUAGCGUUAACAUUGGGUUGCUCAAAAUAACGCUGGCUUUUAACGGCCAGUUUAACGCCAGUUUCUGCCGUUAACUUUAAUUGAGGUUUAAAGCACAAUUAAACAGUUAACGCUAGGUUUCAAAAUGGCUGCUAUAGCUGUUCUGCCAUUUAGGAAACCAAAGGAAUUUCGACUGUCACAUCAUCUUGAUGAAUUAACUAGUGAAGAGUUUAUUGCACGUUAUCGUUUUUCUAAGAAUGGAGUCUCUUUCUUGGAAAAUCUUCUUAAGGACGAUUUGCAACGGCAAACAAACAGAAACCAUGCGCUGACAUCAUUCAAACAAAUCCUCAUAACAUUGAGAUUUUUUGGUACUGGAGCAUUUUAUUCAGUCAUUGGAGACACUCUAGGAUUCCACAAAUGUACGGUAUCUAGAGUUGUUGAAAAUGUAACGGAUGCCAUCAUCAAGCACUUGCACGAGUUCGUUGUGUGGCCAUCACCAGUGGAGAAGGAAAGAGUUAAACAAGGCUUUUAUGCAGUUGCUGGAUUCCCGAAUGUAAUUGGCUGCAUAGAUGGAACACACAUCCGCAUUCAGGCACCUCAUGAUGAUGAAGCUUCAUAUGUCAAUCGGAAAGGCUUUCACAGCAUAAAUGUCCAAGCUGUCUGUGAUCAUCAAGGGAAAUUUACAAGUGUCAAUGCCAGUUGGCCAGGGUCAUGCCAUGACAGCCACAUCUUCAGGACGUCGGGUCUCUGUGCAAAGCUGGAGCGGGAGCAUACAAACUUUGCAGAUGGUGUGCUGUUAGGAGAUAGUGGUUACCAAUGCAAAGUGUAUAUGAUGACUCCUUUUCUGGCGACGGAUUCGUUGGCAAAGGAAAGGUAUCAGCAGGCCCAAACCCGGAUACGUGCAGUCAUUGAAAGAAGCUUUGGGAGACUUAAGCGUAGAUUUGCUGUUCUACACUCUGAGGUUAGAUUGAAGCCUGCAAAGAUUUGCAAGAUAACAACAGCAUGUGUGAUACUGCACAAUAUUUGCAUCAAACUCAAUGAGCCUGACAUUGGGGAUUCUGAUGAAAAUCAAGACAAUAAUGAUGCAGUAUUCAAUCUUGCGAUGAACGGGAAUGGAAGCGGGACACACAUACGUGAAUACAUUGUGAAUAGAUAUUUCACAUAAU